UGUUGUUUACAUCUGUAAUGCUGUACAGAAGACACUUUUCAGACCAAACCCUUCACCUACACAUGGCUUUCUUUGGCUUGACUCAUCUGGGGUACCAAAACCCUACUGGGGAUAAACUGAUAGUAAAACCCAGUGGACCAUCUCGAUUUUGGGCCUUGCAAUCCAGAGAUAGUUCUUUGGCACCAGGACAGCAGCACAGUGCACCUACAACCCCAGAAGAAGGAACAAUUCCCCAGAAACCUCUUCCCUUCAGUUCAGAGAUCCACAAAGGCAGCCACGAGCGAUACCAGGAGAUGAUCAGACAGGUUAAAACUCCCAGGUCUCCCAAUGAGUUGUAUCUGAUGCCUGUGACUGAUAACCAGCAGUAUGGGUGGCUUCAGGCCCAAAGUGCAGAACCGUGGACACAAGUUAAACGUUUCCCAAUGAAGAACAGUGAAAUGACCAGAUUUGUAACAGAAAUGACAAGGACAGAUCCGGAUUUCACCUUGUUUUGAUUUUUCUGAACAUUAAAAUGCAUCAGUGAAGCUUGUUAUGGGUACAUUGGCUUCUUCUGAUGGGAAACCUGAGACUAUUGCAUAACUUUUUACACCAGGAAUGCACUCAAUCUUCAGGGUUAAUCAAACAGAGAUGGGUAGUACUCUGUUACAUUUACUUGAGUAACUUUUUGAAGAAAUUGUACUUUUCAGAGUACUUUUCUUGCAGCAUCCUUGUACUCCUACUUGUGUAAUGUUUAUUGACUCUCUACAAGUGACAAAAGCUUUAUGUUGACAAAAUGAAAUGAUUUGAAGGACA